AUGCUGCUUCCUUCGGCUGGAACAGUCACCCGUUCGGACAUGGAACUCACCUGCGCAUUGGCCAAUCAGAAAGGAGAUCUGGGACCUGUUGAUUUAGCCAAUAGGGACCGCAGUUGUGAGGACACGAGAAGCCGUCCUGUACGAAAUGAAGAAGGUGAGACGAUCACAAGCCACAUGCGCUUAGAACUCAUUGAAAAGGACGAUGGAGGUGACUCGCAAAUUUGCCACUUCGGAAAACAAAUGAGGAGAGCCUUGCACUUGCAACUCUGGACUAGUGUAAAGCAGAGCCACGGCCUCGGUCAAGCGGAGAUGAGCUUGGGACUAUUCAGUCCUAAAAGCUAUCCUCAGGAGAAACACAUUUCCUCAGAUCUUCGCCAGAGUUACGGCCUUCAGCUCGGGCUUAGUGAGGCGCAAUCAUAUUUGUCUGUGAUUUAUGGUCCAGCCUCAUUUGUGCCGGAUUUGCAGGCUCGCCCUGACUCUUCAACCAUCAAGCAACUAAUCCCAAUUCCUAUCAAUUCCUCUCUUCUGCCCUCAAAAAUCCUUUUUAUUAUCGGACUGAAACUUCUUCAAUCUCUCGAGCGCUCGCGCUCUUCCCGGGCUCAUGAUAUGGCGCGUUUAACUGCCACACUGACUCAUCUGUACCGGCACCAGCAGCAGCAGCUGCCGCCGGGUCUUGGAGCAAAGACGCUUGAUGGAGGCUGCUUUUGGUCGGAAGACAAUAAACUCCAGCCUCUUCAGGACAAGAUGACUCAGGCAGGUACAAAUCGCCCUGCUUGGCAUUCUCAAGACUACCAUCUACGCCGUGGAGUCCUCUUCGUCAAUUGCUUGCAUUGCGUUGGAGGCGUAAUUCGUGCGGUACCUGUUGUCUGCCACCUUUAA